AUGUCUUUGAGGAACUUUUUCCUACUUGGUUUUGUGCUUUGUGGGGCAGCUUUUGCCGCAGAAAUAUCAAAGAGCGAUGACCGCCAAGGCCCUGAAGAGGAAAUGGGGGACGCGGCCGGACGCGUCGUGGGUGGGACAAACGCACCAAAUGGGGCUUUCCCAUACCACGUAUCUAUACAGCGUAUAACUCGAGAUAACUUCCCCAUCUGUGGUGGCGCCAUCAUUGCUGACAGAUGGAUUCUGACUGCAGCACAUUGCUUUGAAGGAAUAUCAGCAAAUGAGUUAAGCAUUUUGGCAGGAACUAAUCACAAAAAGUCUGGAGGUAGGAGAUACAAAAUUGACAAAAUUGUGCGACAUGAAAAAUUUACUACAAAACCGCAUGUAAAUGAUAUUGCUCUGUUGAGAACCAAAGGGAACAUUAAAUUUACAGAAAAAGUUAAAGCUAUCGAAGUAGCCACGGAAGACCCCAAACCAGGGGACAAGUGUAAAUUAUCUGGAUGGGGAUACACCACCCAAUAUAAAAACAGUAAUAUAUAUAGAUACAGUCCUAACUUAUUGCAAUGGUUGGAGGUAAAAAUUAUAUCCGAGAAAGACUGUAAAUCUACUUAUUUACAAAGCUAUGAAAAGAAUUUCCCUAUUACUGCUAACCACAUCUGUACUCUUAACAAGGACGGCGAUGGUUUUUGCCAAUGUGAUGGUGGUGGAACUUUGGAGUGCAACAACAAAUCUUCUGGUAUCAUCUCAUGGAACAUUCCGUGUGCUAAAGGACACCCUGAUGUCUACACAAGAACCAGCAAGUACAGCACCUGGAUUCAGAAGAACAUGGAGGCCAAUAAGCCCUGA